AUGUGUGCUGACCACAAAUGCAUUGUUCCGAGGUGCGCACAGCGAAGAGCGUCGAUUGGUACUACCUUCUGUCAGGCUCAUGGGUGCAGAGCAGACGGAUGUGGCAACGAGCGCCAGGACCAGCUUCAUUGUUGUGAGAAACACCGAUGUCACGCCAGGGGUUGCGACUUGGUUGUGGAAGGCAACCAUACCCUCUGUGCUCACCAUAUGACAUGCGAGAUGAACGGCUGCGGAGGAGCAAAGCAUUUUGAACCCAACAAGAAGGAAUAUUUGCCGUAUUGCACCAACCAUGCCACCUGCCCAGUUGCCCGAUGUAAGCAAACGAGACUGGACCGACAGUCAGCUUUCUGCGAUGACCAUACCUGUCGAGAGAGGAGUUGCAACAAGAGCGCCAGAGUGAAGCCGUAUUGUGAUGAUCAUCGAUGUGCGGAAAUCGACUGCGCCUAUCCUAUCGCCGACAAAACUGGAAGGUUUUGCCCACUGCACGGCUGCUCCAAACCCAAAUGCCUCCAACAAUCUAUCGUCGAGUACCUCUGCCUAGACCACCUCAAAAAACACUACACCGCCCUCGGCCGCCGCUCAGCCCUAACCCCAGCCUCCUCCCAAUUCGGCACCGUUGCAACAAGCACCAUAGCAGAGGACGACGAUUCCUCCACUUCAGACGACAACGACGAGAGACGCCCAGGAAUAAGGAAUGAACCCCCUAGCCUGAAAGGCGCCUACCCGUCCUCUUCGACGUUUAGCACCACCCACAGCCAUACAAGAUCAGCACCCAUCUUUGCCCCUAACUCCAAUUCUGGCAGCGGUGGAGGCAAAGAGACACCAUUGACUAUGAGGUCGAGGACAACACUCCAGAUUCAUACUCAGAAUAAUACAUCUGACCCUCAUCACCCCUCGCCGUCGCAAAAGGGCCCGGGGUUUUACAAGGUGAACACUGCUGCUGAUGGUGGUAGUGGUGGUGGUGGUGGUGAUGGGUUGAGUGUUAGGGCACCGUCGCCCAAGCUUGUGCCUAUGCCUCUGCCUGUUCCGAGCGACGAUGGGAAGACAGGUUCGAGGCUGAAGCUCAUGGAGGAUAUAGAGGGUAUGGUGUACAAUCCUGAGAAGGGGUGCUGGGAGUAGUGGCCGUGCUAAUUUACCUGUUGAUUAUUCCCAUUUGUGAGAUUGGAGUAGGUUGAAAGGAGAGAAUCGUCCUUGAUCGAUUGCAAAGGGUAAUUUAUUAUACCGUGAUUUAACCGUGACCUCUAUCUAACACGACGAAUCGUG